GCUCCGAGCAGUUUGAGUGACGCCGGAGAGCAGGGGGCAUCAUUUCAGCUGAGAGGAGGAGGAAGACGGGAUAGAGCAGCGGAGCGGAGCGGAGGAGAGAGGAGCGAGAGAGAGAGAGAGAGAGAGAGAGAAGAAAGAGGAGAGAGAGAGAGAGAGAGAGAGGGUGCCCCCAUCCGCCGAGGACCCAGAGGAGCCCACCAACUUUAUGGCCGCCUGAGAGACUCCGUCCUCCCGCCUCCUCCGGUCCCUUUCUCCGCCACUCUGCGGAGCUGCGGACUUCUCUCGGCCGCGUCUGCGCUCUUGUUCUCCGGUCGGCGUGACUAACCGAGCCUCGCUUGGUGCGGGAAAGUGCUCGCCACCAUGGACACCCCUAUAAAGUGGAAAGUAAAACGGAGGCUAAAGGACGCUGCGCUCAGUUUGACGGUGCUCCUGCUGCUCGUGACUUCGCGAGCCAGCUCAGCGGAUCCAGCGGAUCUCUUGAAGAUUUUAGAUUUUCCCAGUUUGCCAGAGGGCGUAACGAAAACUACGGGCUUGUGCGCACACAGACGGUCAUCGAAAGGACCAGACGUGGCCUACAGAGUAACCAAAGAUGCUCAACUGAGCGCACCUACCAAACAGCUCUACCCCUCGUCAGUGUUUCCGGAGGAUUUCUCCAUCCUGGCCACAGUUAAGCCCAAUAAGGGCAGUCAGUCGUUCCUGCUGUCCAUCUAUAACGAGCAGGGUAUCCAGCAGCUGGGCCUGGAGGUGGGCCGCUCCCCUGUCUUCCUCUAUGAGGACCACCUGGGCAAACCCGGUCCAGAGGAUUACCCACUGUUCAGAGGGAUUAACCUGGCCGACGGAAAAUGGCAUCGCGUGGCGGUCAGUGUCCAUAAGCAGAGCAUAACAAUGAUUGUGGACUGUAAGAAGAAGAUAACGCGGACGUUAUCCCGGAGCCCCAAUCCCAUCAUCGACACUAAAGGCAUCGUAGUGUUCGGCACUCGCAUCUUGGAUGAGGAAGUAUUUGAGGGUGAUAUUCAGCAGCUGAUGAUUGUAGCAGACCACCGUGCUGCCUUUGACUACUGUGAACAUUAUAGCCCAGACUGUGAGGUCCCCGCCCCGGAGCAGCCCCAGAACCAGGACCCCAACACGGACGAAUACAACACGGAAGACGACACUUACUACUACGAGUACCCUUACUAUGAGGAUAUGGUGGAGAAGACUGAGGAUCCAUCAGCCACCACUGAGACCAUAGAAUUAGAAAGCGAAGUUGAUGAUAGAACCAGCAGCAGGGUGAUCACGACAGUGAUUGAUGGAACAAGAGGUUCCAGCAGCUCUUCCCGCAGUGGCUCUUCCAGCAGCAGCUCCUCCAGCAGCGGAUCUUCUAGCAGCGGCUCUUCUAGCAGCGGAUCUUCUAGCAGGGGAUCUUCUAGUAGCAGUUCCUCCAGCGGUGGUUCCUCCAGCAGCAGAUCUUCCGGCAGCAGCAGCAGCAGCUCCUCCUCCACCACGACAACAGAGGGCGACCCGUAUGAUGGCUACGAUGGUUACGAGACGGGUUACGAGACCGGUUACGACUACGAUGAGUCCACCUCCUCACCUGAUGGUUCCCGCACAGUCACUAUCACAGGAACCGGGUCAGAAACAGAACUGGACCUGGGUCUGGGUGGGAACGUGGAUCUUGGGCUGGGCGGCGACGUGGAGAAGCACAUCAUUACCUCGAUAGGAGGAGGAGGUGGAGGAGGCAAGGUCCAUACGACCACCAUCAUACGCAACGGCACUGCCGGCUCUGGCUCUAGCUCUGGGUCCGGUGUCAGAAUUACCUCUGGCUCCAGCUCCAGCUCCGGUUCAGACUUUGGCACUGGUUCUAGUGUGAGAAUUACCUCAGGUUCCAGCUCCAGCUCGGGCUCCAGCUCUUCAGGCUCUUCUUCAGGCUCUGGUAGAGGAUCCAGCUCGGUUUCCAUUUCCAGUACAGGAUCAAGCACUGGUUCUAGCUCUAGCUCUAGCUCGGUGGAUGGCUAUGAUAACCAGUAUGGCGAGAGUUAUGAUCUGAAUUAUGGAGAGGGAUAUAACGAGGGCUACCCUGAUGGAGAUUACAAUGUUGGCGGAGGAGGAGGAGGAGGAGGAAGCAGCAGCAGCAGCAAUACUGUAUCUGUCACGGGCGGAUCGACCUCUGUGGGUGGUUCAGCCACUACCGGAGCAGCAGGAAGGGGCGGGUCCACCGCCACGGGAGGCGGACAGGCAGGAGUCGACGGCGAGGCUGAUUACGUGGACAACUUUAAGGAGGAGUCUAUCACCGAUCUCACCGACGCUGAAAUGGAGAAGAAUUUCGACAAUUACGCAGACUACUAUGACAACGAAGACAAAGUCCUGCCUGCUGAGACGGACUUCGGCCAGGUGGAUGGAGUCAGAGGAGAGAAGGGGCAGAAAGGAGAGCCAGCCAUCAUUGAACCGGGAAUGCUCGUGGAGGGCCCUCCUGGUCCUGAAGGCCCAACUGGUCUGCCUGGUCCUCCGGGAGCGUCCGGACCCCCUGGAUCUGCUGGAGAGGCUGGAGAGAGGGGUCCUCCCGGUCGCCCUGGUCUUCCUGGAGCCGAUGGACUGCCAGGACCCCCAGGGACCGUCCUGAUGCUGCCGUUCCGGAUGAGCACAGGUGGAGAUGGCGGCCAUAAAGGACCUGCUGUUUCAGCCCAAGAGGCUCAGAUGCAGGCUAUAAUGCAGCAGGCCCGGUUGGCAAUGAGAGGAGCAACUGGACCAAUGGGCUUGACUGGCCGUCCCGGACCUCUGGGACCUCCUGGUAUACCUGGACUGAAGGGAGAGUCUGGAGAGCAAGGAACUCAGGGUCCCCGAGGUCCAAUGGGUUCCUUGGGUCCUCCUGGAAAGCCUGGCAGAAGAGGUCGUGCUGGAUCAGAUGGAGCAAGAGGCAUGCCAGGACAGACUGGCCCUAAGGGAGACCGUGGUUUUGAUGGCCUGGCAGGUUUACCUGGUGAAAAAGGACACAGAGGUGAGACCGGACCUCAGGGACCUCCUGGACCCUCAGGAGAGGAUGGAGAAAGGGGAGACGAUGGCGAGGUCGGACCCAGGGGUCUGCCUGGUGAACCAGGUCCUCGUGGUUUGCUGGGACCUAAAGGACCACAGGGACCGCCCGGACCACCUGGGGUGACAGGAAUGGAUGGCCAUCCUGGUCCCAAAGGAAACAUUGGGCCUCAAGGUGAGCCUGGCCCUCCUGGACAGCAAGGAAACCCCGGAGCUCAGGGACUGCCAGGGCCUCAAGGAGCCAUUGGACCCCCUGGAGAGAAGGGACCAACAGGGAAACCAGGGUUGUCGGGCAUGCCGGGAGCUGAUGGACCACCUGGCCACCCAGGCAAGGAAGGACCUUCUGGUGAGAAAGGAAAUAUGGGACCCCCUGGAGCUCAGGGACCAAUCGGCUAUCCUGGACCCAGAGGUGUGAAGGGAGCUGAUGGAGUCCGUGGGCUGAAAGGAAACAAGGGUGAAAAGGGAGAAGACGGUUUCACGGGCUUUAAAGGAGACAUGGGUAUCAAGGGUGACAGGGGUGAGCUGGGAGCUGCUGGACCCCGAGGAGAGGACGGUCCCGAGGGACCUAAAGGAAGAUCUGGUCUCCCUGGAGAUGCCGGACCACUUGGACCAACAGGAGAGAAGGGUAAACUCGGUGUCCCUGGGUUGCCAGGUUAUCCUGGACGGCAAGGUCCUAAGGGUUCUCAAGGCUUCCAAGGAUUCCCGGGAGCCAACGGAGAGAAGGGCACGAGGGGAACAGCAGGAAAGCCUGGCCCAAGAGGACAACGUGGACCUACUGGUCCUCGUGGAGAGAGGGGACCAAGGGGACCAACAGGAAAAGCAGGACCAAAGGGCAACUCAGGAAGCGACGGACCCCCAGGACCUCCCGGUGAAAGGGGUCUGACCGGACCUCAAGGACCUACUGGAUUCCCCGGACCAAAAGGCCCUCCUGGACCAGCAGGGAAAGAUGGACUGCCCGGACACCCUGGCCAGAGAGGAGAGACGGGUUUCCAAGGCAAGACUGGACCUCCUGGACCUCCAGGUGUUCUGGGCCCUCAGGGACCCACAGGUGAGACUGGGCCAAUGGGAGAGCGUGGUCACCCUGGACCUCCAGGACCACCAGGUGAGCAGGGUCUGCCUGGACCUGCUGGCAAGGAGGGAGCCAAGGGAGAUCCAGGUCCAGCCGGUCCUGCUGGAAAGGACGGACCUCAAGGUCUGCGAGGUUUCCCCGGAGAGAGAGGCUUGCCCGGCCCUGUUGGAUCUGCCGGUUUGAAAGGGAAUGAAGGACCACCCGGCCCACCCGGACCUGCUGGCUCUCCCGGUGAGCGUGGUCCAGCCGGCCCGGCCGGCCCCACCGGUCUCCCAGGACGUCCAGGACCUCAGGGACCUCCAGGUCCAUCUGGAGAGAAAGGAGGACCAGGUGAAAAAGGACCUCAAGGCCCCGCUGGCAGAGACGGUAUCCAGGGUCCCGUGGGUCUUCCAGGACCUGCCGGCCCUCUCGGACCUCCAGGAGAAGACGGAGAUAAGGGCGAGAUUGGCGAGCCUGGCCAGAAGGGAAGCAAAGGAGAUAAAGGAGAACAGGGUCCUCCCGGCCCCACUGGUCCCCAAGGCCCGGUCGGUCAGCCUGGUCCUGCUGGAGCUGAUGGAGAGCCUGGGCCAAGAGGGCAGCAGGGUUUGUUUGGGCAGAAAGGAGAUGAGGGAUCCAGAGGAUUCCCCGGACCACCUGGACCUGUUGGCCUUCAGGGCUUGCCUGGACCCCCUGGUGAGAAAGGAGAGACUGGAGAUGUCGGUCACAUGGGUCCACCUGGUCCUCCUGGUCCCAGAGGCCCGUCUGGACCUCCAGGCGCUGACGGACCCCAGGGUCCCCCAGGAGGCAUCGGAAACCCUGGAGCAGUGGGAGAGAAGGGAGAUUCUGGAGAAGCAGGAGAACCCGGACUGCAGGGAGACGUCGGACCUCCGGGUCCAAGAGGAGAGCGAGGAGAGAAGGGUGAAGGAGGUCCUGCUGGUUCUGCUGGUCCACCAGGUCCAAAAGGUCCUCCUGGUGAUGAUGGUCCUAAAGGAAGCCCUGGUCCGAGUGGUUUCCCUGGUGACCCCGGUCCUCCCGGAGAGCCUGGUCUGCCUGGUUUGGAUGGUCCUGCUGGAGAUAAGGGUGAUGACGGAGAGGCGGGUCAGCCUGGCUCUCCGGGACCCACUGGUGAAUCGGGUCCGACCGGGCCUCCAGGAAAGAGAGGUCCUCCUGGAGCUGCAGGGCCUGAGGGACGGCAAGGAGAGAAAGGAGCCAAGGGUGAGUCAGGUCUGGAGGGUCCCCCGGGUAAGACGGGUCCUGUAGGUCCCCAGGGGGCUCCAGGAAAGCCCGGCUCUGAAGGAUUGAGAGGAAUCCCUGGACCAGUGGGAGAGCAAGGUCUACCCGGCUCACCAGGACCCGACGGACCCCCAGGACCAAUGGGUCCUCCUGGUCUGCCAGGUCUUAAGGGUGACACUGGAGUUAAAGGAGAGAAGGGUCACCCAGGUUUGAUUGGUUUGAUCGGACCUCCAGGAGAGCAGGGAGAGAAGGGAGACCGAGGACUGCCAGGACCCCAGGGAACCAGCGGACCUAAAGGAGACAAUGGAAUCCAAGGACCUUCCGGACCUCUGGGACCCAUUGGACCACCUGGAUUACCUGGCCCUCCCGGACCUAAAGGAGCUAAAGGAUCAUCAGGUCAGACAGGACCAAAGGGAGAAUCUGGAACACCAGGACCACCAGGUCCACCGGGUCCACCAGGCGACGUCAUCCACCCCCUGCCCAUGCAGUCCAGCCCGAAACGUGCCAGGAGAAACAUCGACGCCAGCCAGCUGAUGGACGACGCUGCUGACGGAAACUACAAGGACUACGAGGACGGCAUGGAGGAGAUCUUUGGCUCUCUGAACUCUCUGAAGCUGGAGAUCGAGCAGAUGAAGCACCCGCUCGGUACACAGAGCAACCCUGCCCGUACCUGCAAAGACCUGCAGCUCUGUCAUCCCGAUUUCCCUGACGGUGAAUACUGGAUUGAUCCAAACCAGGGCUGCUCACGAGAUUCCUUCAAGGUUUACUGCAACUUCACAGCUGGAGGAGAGAGCUGCAUCUACCCUGACAAAAAGAGUGAUGGGAGCAAAAUGGCUCGCUGGCCCAAAGACAGUCCAGGCACUUGGUAUAGUCGCUACAAGCGAGGGUCCAUGCUCUCCUACGCGGAUGCUGAAGGAAACCCCAUCGGUGUGGUCCAGAUGACAUUCCUGCGCUUGCUAAGUGCCAGUGCCCGUCAGAACCUCACCUACAACUGCUACCAGUCCGUAGCCUGGCACGACCAGGAUCUUGACUCGUACGACAAGGCCAUCCGAUUCCUGGGCUCCAACGAUGAGGAGAUGUCCUACGACAACAACCCCUACAUCAGAGCUGCAGUAGAUGGAUGCGCGUUGAAAAAGGGCUACGAAAAGACUGUUCUUGAGAUCAACACGCCCAAAGUGGAGCAGGUACCGUUCGUCGACAUCAUGUUCAACGACUUCGGCGGAGCGACGCAGAAGUUUGGCUUCGAGGUCGGCCCGGCCUGCUUCAUCGGCUAAGACUGUUUGUUCACUGAGCGCACCGAAAAAGAGCAAAACAACAAAAAAAAAAAACAACAACAUCCAAUCGUAUUCCUUCUCUCAGAAAAAAAAAAACUAAACAAAACACAAGAAAGGAAAAAGGCAACGUAUUUGUAAAGUUUUAUAAAGUUUUGUGUUUCCAAACAGAUCACAGAAAGGAUAAAAGCAAUUGAGGAAUGGCGUUCUAAACAUAGAUGAUCACGAUCACAAAGUUCAUCACGAAAGAUCAAUCAAAAGAUCAGCAACCUUUCCAACCUCGAUGUUGCACCCUCUCUCCGUCACAUGCAAGUUUUGAAACUGGAUGAGUCAAAUGCUAGCUAAACUCUCUCUGAACUUUCUGCUACGCCCCACCCCCCCCAAACCCCAACCCCUACCCCAACUUUCUGAGCUAGAUUCUGACUGUUAGCCACUUUAGCCCCACCCAGCUCAUCUACUCAUGCUGUAUAGACUUAGUAUAGAGCAGCCAUGUUCCUCCUUUCUUGAUGUACUUCCUUCAGGUUGGAAGCUUCUUCACAUGUAUCUUGCUUGUGUUUGCUUCCGCCUAGUCUUCGGCCGUUGAUUUCGACAAGCUUUGUGGGGUUUUUUUGUGCAUAUUUGUCUUACCGUUCUCUCCGGAAUGGUGCUUAUAUAUAAAUAUAUAUAAAUAUUUUUUGUAUGUUUGUAAGUACUUUCUGUAUAUUUUUUCUGGAUUUUUUUUUUUUUUUAAUGUUCUGGCUUCAAAACAUGCAUGUGAACCAUUGGGCGAAAAGGACACUUCCAUACUCUCUCCCUUGACCAAAUAUAUCAAUAUAUCGGUGAGCCUUGACGACAUAAAAAAAAAAGACGAAAUAAAGGAAACAUCCAGAACCAAAGAAAAAAAAAGAAAAAGCAUGAAGUCUUAUUGCAGGUGUGACUUUUUUUUUGUUGCUGGGAUUUUUUUGUAACUUUUGUGACAAUAAAAAGUCCGAAUCAUCAUGUGAGCAAUUAAUGAAUUGUUUAUAAAUAACUCUUGCGAACAAAAGACUUGCGGGCUCUCUUACGUGACGGGGCCAGCCGGCUCAGCAUCUGAGCGAUUGCAUCUUUUAUCCUUUUUCUUUCAACAUUCUUGCGUCUGUCAGAACGAGGAAAAACCCCCUCAAAAAAAAAAAACUAAAGCAUGCAAGAUGGGAGACGGUGUCACUAAGGAAACACAAUAUCUGUAAACUAGGUGCUAUUUCCUUCUGCCUGUGGUGCUAUAUACAUAUAUAUAUAUAAAUAUAUAUAUUUCUCCUUUUCGUUUUUUUUUGUUUGUUUGUUUGUUUGUUUAUUUGUUUAAAUUUUUCAAUUCGUCAGCAAAUCGUGUUGAUUUCCAUGUCCUCUUGAUUUUCCAUUUCUUCCAACAAUAUUUUUUUUUCACUGAUUAUCCAGACCUGUGUCUUUAUUGUUUUGGGGAAAUAUCUUUAUGCAUGCCAAUCCAUUCAUAUUCAUAGUGAUUAAGAAAACAAAAGCCUUUUUUUCAUCGUUACUAAUCUCUCAUCUUUACUUUAGCCUUCUGCCCAAACAUGUUAAGAUGUUGUGGAACAUUUUCAGUAUGCAGUACGCAGAUCUAUUUCUAAUUAGGAGCUUUAGAUUUAGACUGUAGCGUAAGGUCAUGUAAUCUAGUCCUCCAUAGCACAUUUGUCGUAAUUGUCGCCGGUUUACAGUGUUUUUAAAAUUCCUCGCGGAAUUUUUUUAUUCCGCUACAGAAACGAGUGCAAUGAAUCAAAGCCUCUCUGUUAGCGUAACCUUAUACUUCCUUCCUGCCAAAGAUAUUAAACUAUCAAACUUCACGUAAACGUAUUUAAACUUCACGUAAAUUUAACGUAAGGUUACGUACACUUGAGGUAGCUAGAUAAAGAUAGAUUUUCCCUAUAUAUUCCCAAUAAUCUAUAUCGUCACACGCAUUAGGCAUAAAUUAUAUUACACAUUAGAGGCUUGGAUUACAAACAUUCUUUAAUUUAGUUUUUUUUUUUUUGUCAUUUUUUUGUUUGUUAGUUAUUUUUUUUUCAGAGCAUUUUAUUUGCGCUUUUUCUUUUUUUGCCUUGAUUUCCUCCUUUUUGCCACUAGCGAUGUCUCUUAUGCACUCUACGUCAGCUUACACCACUAUGCCGGCUACUGCCAAACUUACUGCCCUUUUUAUUUCUGCAUUUUUUUAGCUUCUAUUCAUUUUAAAUAUGAAUUUUAAACUUGAACAGCUUCUUAAAGACGAUUAAUAACGUGGACAAAAAACAAAUUGUCAACAUCAUUUUUUUUAUUAUAUAUAUAUAAAAAAAAACACAUUUCUGUAAAUUUCCAAAACCAGCAGUGAUGCUGCCAUUUAAUAUUUUCUGUUUUUUGUUUUUUUUUGUUUGUUUUUGGGUUUGAUUUUUUUUUUUUUUUGUAAUAUUUGUCUAUUUGUUUGUCUGUUUUAAGGUCUUGUUAAACCUGUGUAAGAGAGGAUAGAAGAUAUAUUGGUUUUGUGUCAAUAAAUUCAAGUUUACUGUGGCCACCCACCCUUUGUAUGUCUUUUGAAGCAUUAAAAAAAUCUGUAUGCAUGAAAA